AUGUCAAAAAGAACAAAUUCAAAUAUAUUAAAGACCAGUAACAGCAAUGAUAACAGCAUAGAUGAAAAUAGUUUCGAUAGUACAAAUAGUACAUUAAAUAACAGUCUUAAUAACAGUUUUAAUAAUAGUUUUGAGUUUAAAGAUAGUUUGGUUAAUCCUAGUCCAAUUAAAAAAGUAAAGAAUUUGUUCGAUUUUUCAAGAGAUUUAAAUGAACAGUCAGAAGACGAAGAGGAUGAAUUUUUAAAAGAUGAUGAUGAUAUACCCAAAGAUAAAGAUUUAGAGCCAAGUACAACUACGACAAUAGCCACCACACCAACAACACCUAAUAAAACAACAAAUAACUUUCUCGAUUUUACCUCAAGCUUUCAAGCUGACGAAAAUGAAGGUAUAGACAAUGACGAUUUGGAUCUUAGCGUAUCUGCCGAUGAUAUUCUACUUUCACAAUUCGAAACAUUAAAAUCAGAAUGGGACUCCAAUACAUAUAAAAAAUCACCACCUAUAGUUUUAAAAUCAGUUUUUCAUUUUUAUUACAAGGAUUCUGAAAAAAUAAUUCAACAAUUAAAAAAAAAAGGGUUGGUUAGAGUUUUUCAAAUUUUAACAAGUUUAAAUGACUAUUAUUUAGUUUUAACAUCAGAUUUUAUACAAUGCAUAGAAAAGUUAAAAACCGAAUCUAAUGUGGUCAGUUCAAAAGUUAAACCAGAAACACUAACAAAUAAUAUAGUUAAAUCAUCAAGUCCAAUAAAAUCAGCACCAAUAGAUACAACACUAUUAUCAAAGCAACAGGUUUUGGAUUUAUUUAUUAGCAGGCUAAUACCAAAUUUCUCGGAUAUAUCAAUCAGUAAAUUUAAACUACAACAGGUUUUACAAAUUAAAAACUCUCAUCAAAUAGAUAAUAUAGUUACCAUUUUGGUUCAGUGCGGUUUAUUAUUAUUAAAAGAAGAAAAUAUUUAUUAUUUUAGUACUCCUGGUACAGGUGGUUUUUGUUCAAGUUUAAUUAAGGGCAGAAAAGAGAUAGUUUCAUUCAUAGAUCGGUUAAAGUAUAAAGAAAUUUUAAAAUCCGAAUUGUUAACUAAAAGGUUUCGUUCAAAAAUAAGUGUACAACUACUCUAUAAAGAUUUAUUAGGCUCCAGUAAAAUUAAAAUGUAA